GGGGGCGGUGCGGGGCCGCCCGUCCGGUUCCGGGUCGGCGGAAGAUGGCGGCGCCCAUGGAGCUGUUCUGCUGGGCCGGGGGCUGGGGGCUGCCCUCGGUGGACCCCGACUGCCUGGCCGUGCUGACCUACGCGCGGUUCACGGGGGCGCCGCUGAAGGUGCACCGGGUCACCCACCCCUGGAGGAGCCCCUCCGGGCACCUGCCCGCGCUGAGGACGCAGGACGAGGGCACCAUCUCCAAAACGCAGCAGAUCAUAACUCACCUCAGGAAACAGAAGUACAACGCCGACUACGACCUGUCGGCCACGCAGAACGCAGACACGCUGGCCUUCGUGUCCCUGCUGGAGGAGAAGCUGCUGCCGGUGCUGAUCCACACGUUCUGGGUGGAUGCGAAGAACUACGUGGAGCACACGCGGAAAUGGUACGCGGAGACCGUCCCCUUUCCCCUCAACUUCUUCCUGCCCAACUCCAUGCACAAGCGGCACCUGGAGCGGCUGCAGCUCCUGUGGGGGGACGACUACAUGGAGGAUGAGGAGAAGCUGGAGAAGCAGCUCUACCGGGAAGCCCGGGAAUGCCUGACCCUCCUCUCCCAGCGCCUUGGCUCCCAGAAGUUUUUCUUCGGAGACUCGCCGGCCUCGCUCGACGCCUUCGUCUUCAGCCGCCUGGCGCCGCUCCUGAAGGCGAAGCUGCCCAACGGGAAACUGCAGCAGCACCUGAAGUCCCUGCAGAACCUGUGCAACUACUGCACCUCCAUCCUCAGCCUCUACUUCCCCUGGGAUGGAGCUGAUCCCUUGGCCGGUGCCCCGCGGGCUGCGGGCACGGACAGCAGUGAGGGAGAGGAGGACCCCCACAAACGGCGCAACCAGCUGCUGUCGGUGCUGGUGGGGCUGGUGGCCAUGCUGGGCUACGCCUUCCUGAGCGGCAUCGUGUCCAUCCAGCGCGGCGGCGUGGGGCCGGCCGGCCGGCAGCCCAUCGCCAUGGAGGAGGAGGAAGAGGAGGAGGAGGAGGAGUGAGGAUGAGCUGUGUGACUGUCUCACCCCCCCAGACCCCUGGAACUCUGACUCUUUUUACACCGGGAGCCUGGCAGCAUCAUUCCCUGUGGGUGCUCCGCUCGUUGUCCCGCCAGGAACCACGGCCCUCAC